CUUACUCCGUGUACACGGGACAGAACUACUGCACGCCAACCAGCACUAGUCAGCUACAGGGAGCAGAGCAGCACUUAUCAGCCGUCCAUCAAAAUGAACCCCGAGCCUGUUGUCAUCGUCUCCGCCGCACGGACACCAAUAGGUUCCUUGAGCGGCGCCCUGUCCACCGUGCCUCUGCCGGACCUCUGUUCAGUGGUGAUCAAGGACGUUCUGAAGCGGGCUGGCGUGAAGCCCGAGGACGUCUCUGAGGUUAUCCUGGGACACGUCUUAACAGCAGGUCACGGGCAAAACCCGGCACGUCAGGCCAGUGUCGGGGCGGGUAUCCCUUACCCCGUGCCUGCUUGGAGCUGCCAGAUGGUGUGCGGCUCUGGGCUGAAGGCCGUGUGUCUGGGGGCUCAGUCCAUCCAGACCGGAGAGUCCUCUGUGGUGGUGGCGGGGGGCAUGGAGAGUAUGAGCAAGGCUCCUCACACGCUGCAAAUGAGGGCCGGAGUGAAGAUGGGCGACGCCUCCCUGCAGGACUCCAUGGUGGCUGACGGCCUGACGGACGCCUUCCAUGGCUACCACAUGGGCAUCACAGCUGAGAAUGUGGCGAAGCAGUGGGAAGUCAGUCGGGAGGAGCAGGACCGCUUCGCCGUCCAGUCCCAGAACAAAACGGAGGCCGCACAAGAAGCGGGGCAUUUCGAUCAAGAGAUUGUCCCGGUCGUGGUGUCAUCCAGGAAAGGUCCAGUAGAGGUGAAGGUGGACGAGUUUCCUCGGAAAGGCAGCAACAUGGACAGCAUGUCCAAGCUCAGGCCCUGCUUCGUUAAGCACAGCAGCGGCACCGUCACCGCCGGCAACUCCUCCGGUAUUAAUGAUGGAGCGGCAGCAACUGUCCUAAUGAGCCAAUCAGAGGCUGGGAGGCGUGGCCUAAAACCCAUGGCUAAAAUUGUGUCUUGGGCUCAGGCCGGCCUUGACCCGUCUAUCAUGGGAACUGGGCCAAUACCAGCCAUCAGGAAAGCGGUUGAAAAGGCCAGCUGGCAGCUGGACCAGGUCGACUUAUUCGAGAUCAACGAAGCGUUUUCCGCCCAGUCUAUUGUUGUGGUUAAGGAGCUCGGCCUGAAUUCAGACAAGGUGAAUGUGAGCGGGGGGGCCAUCGCUCUGGGCCAUCCCAUCGGUAUGUCCGGCUGCAGGGUGCUGGUGACCCUGCUGCACGCGCUCCAGAGGACCGGAGGCCAUAAGGGAGUAGCGGCGCUCUGCAUCGGAGGAGGGAUGGGCAUCGCCAUGUGUGUGGAGAGGGUUUGAGGAACCUCGACCCAAUCUUUAAUUUAUAAGGGAUACUUAACUCAUCGUUCAAUGUUUACGCUGCGGGACAUGAUUUAAAAUGGUGCACCACGGUUCUUCAAUCACAUGACCAACGUGAUGAGUUGAACUGUUGUGAAAAGCUUACCAUUCUCACUGUGAACUUCAAUGAACCUUUCCUCAGGUAGUUGUGUAGCAUUCUUUAUGUACUAACAUGUUCAAAAACGGUACUAGAAUUAUUUUUGCAACCAGGCCCUCUGAAAUAUGAUUGUUCUGACCAACAUUCCUCUUAUGAAUGAAGCAGACAGCAGCUUGGAAACGUAUCAAGUGCCAAAUGUUUACUUGCUAGCUUUCUCUAACCUAGUGCUUCCUACAUGUCUGGCUGUCAAUAAAGAAUUAUAAACCA